ACGAGCGCACGCAAAUUCAGUAUGACGACGGCGAAAGUGAUGUCAUCUGGGACUGGUCUUUGAUGUCACUCGGGUUCCACCAUCAUGGCGCUGAACGUGAGCUGGUUCUGGCUCCUGGUUCUGGUCUUGGUCCACAGAGCUGGAUGUCAGAGUACAGAGCUGAUGGAGGACGCUGGUCUCGAAGCAGGAGACCAGGACUGGACUCCCAAACCGGACGUGUACUGGGCUGGAACGGCGCCACUCUGUGUGGGAGGCUGUAAGAACCGGCAUCGGGAGCUCCGACGAGACCCGUGUGGAGACUCCAGCUGCUGCUGGUUGGGGUACAAGUCUCUGUGCCGGGUCAACUGUGGGCGUCCUGACGUGGACUACAACGGUCUUCUCUAUGGAAAUGACUGGUGGGUGGGUUCUGUGGUGCGCUACUCCUGCCUCCCCGGGUUCAUGCUGCUGGGGAACUCAACCAGACAAUGCCAAGCCAGCGGCCGGUGGAGCGCCCGGCCCUCUUGCCUGCGGAUGUGCCAGAGGGGGCGUGUGGAGGUCAGCGAGCGGGAGCUGGGUGGAACGUGCAACUCCACUUGCGAGGGCAAGAGUUACCACGGCGUCCCCAAACAGGGCUGCACACGCAUCUUCAACUGCAGGAAGAAGGACACGGGCUGGAAGCGCUUCUUUGCUCACUGUGUGCCAUGCAUCUGCGAAUGCUCACUGGCGUGUGUGUCUACAGGGUAAAACACUGGAGCAGAUUGACAGGCUUGUGGAGAGAGGGGCGGAGCCAGAGCUGUGAGGUCAUUGGUUUUAUAAACUGAUUAAAAACUGUGUGGAGCCCUUUCAUUCAUUGACCCGAGUCUCACACUGAACACAAAAGUGUUGCCAAUUGAGUCUUGUUGAAUAAACACUGAGAAAAUAAAGUUUAUUUUUUUUU